AUUGCCCUUUUUCAACACAAACGUAUCUCAAAUGAAUUCAUAUGUCCUUCAAACGAUCACACGCAAGCAGAUACCCACUAUUUCAUAAGCCUGAAUUUAUCCCAAAGUUACCUGGGUUGUUGUGGAUGUUGCUGGUGUGUCUGCACAAGAGAAUUGUGUUCCAGUUCUAGCAUAUAACUUAGUGCUGAAACAUGUCUGUCAAACAUGUCUUAAUUACGGGAUGCUCCCGGGGAAUUGGUCUUGGAUUGGUCAAAUCGUUCCAUGACAAGGGUUUUAAGGUGAUUGCCACCUGUCGGAAUCCAGGCCAAGCACCGGCUCUUCAAGAAUUGAUAAAGGAGCUAAAUCUGGAACCCCCUAUUGCAUUGGACGUGUCGAAUGACGAAGGCAUUCAAUCCGUUUUCACCCAGGUCAAGGAAAAAUACAAAUCCAUAGAAGUGUUGGUGAACAAUGCAGGCAUUUCAACUUCCAACCAUCCGGAUGAUCCUCCCGGACAAUUGGAUCGAAAGGAAAUGGAUAAGGUUCUUUCCGUCAACGUCAGUUCUGUUGGGAUGUUGACGCAAUCCUUCCUGCCCAUCAUCAGAGGAUCAGAUGGAUCACCUGGAAAAGUGAUCUAUAUAUCGUCACUCUUGGGCAGCAUCCAGCUGAAUACGCCCAAAGAGACUAACUUUUACAUGUCCACAUCUUACAGGUGUAGCAAGGCCGCUUUGAACCAACUGGUGAAGUGCUUUUCAUUGGUCCAGGAUCAGGAGAAUAUGGUUCAUCACUUGGCGGUUCAUCCUGGUCAUGUUCAAACUGACAUGGGCGGCUCUCGCGGACGAAAAGCCCCCCUUCAAGUUGAAGAUGUAACACCAAAAAUUGCCAGUUUGGUUGAUUACUUGAAUCAGGAGACGAAUGGGCAAUUCGUCGAUUAUGAGUCUAAAAUCUUGCCCUAUUGAAUGACAAGCCGUGGAGGGCUUCAAUGACAUUCUUGAUGAAUAAGGGCAAGUUUUUUGUGCAUCAAAAAUAAAACGGAGUGACAAAUUCCAAAAUCAUA